AUGAAAAAUCAAACAAAAGCAAAAACAUCUAAGAAGUAAAUGAAUUAAUAAGUUUUAGUCCUCCAUAAAUAAUAUUAGAUCUAAUAGAGUAAGCCAAAUAAACCAGAUUAUAUUUAUUGAAAAGAAUUGGACCAACUAGUUUAAAGUAUUGUGAUGAAGAUGGAAAUAAAUUUAAAGUAGAAUUAUCAACUACUAUGAUUUGUUCUUGUAAUUAGAAUAAUUAACAUUGCAUUCAUACAAUACAUGCAUUAUUAAAAGUGUUUUAAGUAGAUGAAAAAUGUCCUAUUUUAUGGUAACAACAAUAUUCUCAAUAUGAUAUCACAAAUAUUUUAAAUGGAUAAUAUAAAACCAAAUCAUAAUAGACUAAAACAAGAUAAUAAAUAAGUGUAAUUAGAUAAUAAUAGCAAUAAGUAUAGUAAAAUAAUACUAAUUCUGAAGAUUAAUCAUAAAAUAGAUAAUAAGUAACAGAGGAUGACAUGUGUCCAAUAUGUUAAGAGAGUUUGGUAUGUAAUGAAGCUUUAGUGCAUUGUAAAAAAUAAUGUGGAAACAAUUUUCAUGCAAAAUGUAUGAAAGUAUGGGUGAUGUAAAAAUAAACAGCUGGUAAAAAGAUUAAUUGUCCAAUGUGUAGAGUUGAUUGGGGUGAUACUGCUUUAGUAGAAAUAAGAUAAGAAGAAAAGAUAUUUGAAAAUUUACAUAAAACACACAAUAAAAUAUGUAGUUAUUGUAAAAUAACACCUAUUAUUGGUACUAUAUAUACAUGUAUAUCAUGUCCUAAUUAUCAUUUAUGUGAUAAAUGUCAUAAUAAAAAGACUCAUUAAUAACAUAUAUUCAUGUUUAAACAUACAAGAUUAGAAAAAUAUGAAUUUGAAGUUAAUGUCACAGUUGAAUCAUUAAUAUAUUUAUUCCCUGAAAAUUUAAAUGCUGGUAAUCAUGAAACUGGAGGACUUAUGUUAGUAGGUACUGGAUUCUAAAAAUAAAGUAAAUGUUCCUUUUGUCAUAAAUAAAAAUAACUUAGAUUAUUGUAAUGUGGUCAUAUUGCAGAUGAAGGUUGUAUUAAUAAAAUGAAAGAACAUUGUUAUAUAUGUCCAAUUGAUAAUCAACCUCAAUUUAUUGGAUUAUUUAAUAAUCUUUCUUAAGAAGAAAAGACUUUGCAUCUAACUGAAACAAAAAAAUGGAUUAUUUAAAAAGAAGAUGAACAUAAUAAUUAAAAUCAUAAAUUACCACCUAUUGGUAAACAUUUUUCAGCUAGACCUAAAUAACUUAGUUAAAAACAUUUUGAUAGUUCUGAUAAUAAAUAAUAAAUGAAAAUCUAAUAAUUAAAAUAAUAAUAGUAUCCAAUUAAAAGAUAAUUAUCAGCAAAUAGAAAAUAAUUAGAUAAUCCUUUAUUUAUUAAAUCUGUUAGAUCUCAAAUGGAGAAUAUCAUAUGA